UCGUAACUCAUUCUAUGUGCGUCGUUAUAAACGAUCCCCUUCUCAUUUACGGUAGUCGUUUUCUGUUUUCGGAACACAUUCAUGGAUUAAUAAAUACUAAUAUAAAAUCAACCCCUCUUUCUCAGUAUAUAUCUACACCCCUCUUUCUCCGUAUAUACCCCAACUACGGCGCCGUUUUAUACAAUUGUUUUCGCGCCUGUGCAACAUUCCGUCGGCAAGAGGGGGACUCUCUUCGCCGUGGAUCUUAAAACUUUACAAACAAAAUUCUGUCUUCAACUUCAGAGUUACCAAGAUCAAUUUGAGUAUAGUAAAUGGAGAUUGAUUCGGCUCCGAUUAGUCGGUGCUCCAAAGAGCACCAGAAGAUCUACCAGGAAUGGUUCAAUUUCGCUGAUUCAGAUGGCGAUGGGCGCAUUACGGGUGGCGAUGCCAUUAAGUUCUUUUCCAUGUCCAACGUGCCCCGACAAGAUCUCAAGCAGGUGUGGGCAAUUGCUGAUUCCAAGCGACAAGGCUUUCUUGGUUUUAAAGAGUUCAUCACUGCAAUGCAGCUUGUUUCUCUGUCGCAAGCUGGGCAUGCACUAACUAAGGAUCUCUUGGAUGCUGGAGUUGAUUUGGAAAAUUUAAAGCCUCCAUUCAUGGAUGGUUUGGAUGUAUUACUGGCUAAGAAUAAGCGCUUACCAAAAACAAGUGAUCCUGAACUGAAUGGCAGUUCUCAAAUUCAACCUUCUCCAACUGCUCAUUGGUUCACUUCUUCAAAAUCUGCGAAGAAGGUACCUCUAUCCUCUGUUACAUCAAUCUUUGAUGGCUUGAAGAAGUUGUACAUUGAUAAAUUGAAGCCAUUAGAAGUUACAUAUCGUUUUAACGAUUUUGUGUCCCCGUUACUGACAAACAGUGAUUUUGACGCCAAGCCCAUGGUGAUGCUUCUGGGUCAAUACUCCACAGGGAAAACAACAUUCAUCAAACAUAUGCUCAAAAGUAGUUAUCCAGGAGCUCAUAUUGGACCAGAGCCAACAACGGACAGAUUUGUUGUUGUUAUGAAUGGUCUUGAUGAAAGAAGUGUUCCAGGAAACACCGUUGCUGUACAAGCAGACAUGCCAUUUAGUGGUCUAACAUCAUUUGGAACUGCUUUUUUGUCAAAGUUCCAGUGUUCUCAAAUGCCACAUCCUCUAUUGGAGCACCUAACGUUUGUUGAUACUCCUGGAGUCCUAUCGGGAGAAAAGCAACGUACACAACGAAGCUAUGAUUUUACUGGCGUGACAUCGUGGUUUGCUGCAAAGUGUGACCUCAUUCUUCUUCUGUUUGAUCCUUAUAAACUUGAUAUUAGUGAUGAAUUCAAGCGUGUGAUUUCAUCCCUACGAGGUCAUGAUGACAAAAUACGUGUGGUCUUGAACAAGGCUGACCAAAUUGAUACCCAACAACUGAUGAGGGUAUAUGGAGCUUUGAUGUGGUCACUUGGAAAAGUUAUAAACACACCCGAGGUUAUGCGUGUUUACAUUGGUUCAUUCAAUGAUAAACCUGUAAAUGAGGCUGCUGUGGGUCCAAUCGGUAAAGAACUUUUUGAGAGAGAACAGGAUGACCUUCUUGCCGAUUUAAAAGACAUACCAAAGAAAGCUUGUGAUCGUCGGAUCAAUGAGUUUGUAAAACGAGCCAGAGCUGCCAAGAUUCAUGCUUACAUUAUUAGUCAUCUUAGGAAAGAGAUGCCUGCUAUGAUGGGCAAAGCUAAGACUCAGCAGAGACUCAUUGAUAAUCUAGAAACCGAGUUCGGAAAGGUUCAAAGAGAGCAGCAUCUACCAGCAGGAGAUUUCCCAAACGUCGAGCAGUUUAGGGAGGUCUUGAAUAGUUACAGCUUCGAUAAGUUUGAGAAGUUGAAGCCUAAAAUGAUACAAGCUGUUGAUGACAUGCUCGGGUAUGACAUCCCAGAACUGCUCAAGAGUUUCCGAAAUCCCUAUGAUUAAAGAUGUUAGCAGUUUUGAGAUAUUCAAAGAUGGUGGUUUGAGAAACAGAAAUUGAUGCAGUUUCAGAAAUCCACGCUGGAGCAUCAUCUAUGUAUUCUUUAUUUUAAUACUUAUUUUUUAGUUGUCUACCUAAACUUAUAAUUUGAUUGUUAUAUAUGAAGAGUGGAAGAGAUAUUAGUUCAAAUAAUGUAAGUUUUGUUAGUCCACUCUUUGUACACCUUUUAAAUACUUUGGUGUUUAAAUUUGAAAAGGCAAAAAGACAGUUUUUUUGGAA